GGUGACGUCACAUCCUGCCCGUACUUCUCAUUCAGGCUGCACUUUGAAUAAGGAAGAUGGCGGCUGCAGCAGUGGUCGAGUUUCAGAGAGCCCAGUCUCUCAUUAGCACGGACCGCGACGCCUCCAUCGACAUUCUACACUCGAUAGUGAGGCGAGACGUCCAGGAGAACGAUGAAGAAGCAGUCAGGGUCAAAGAGCAGAGCAUCCUGGAACUGGGAACGCUGCUGGCCAAGACGGGACAGGCUGCAGAACUCGGCGGUCUUCUGAAAUUUGUCCGACCGUUCCUGAUCUCCAUCAGCAAGGCCAAAGCUGCUCGGCUGGUGCGUUCACUGCUCGACUUGUUCCUCGAUAUGGAGGCGGCUACCGGCCAGGAGGUGGAGUUGUGUCUGGAAUGCAUCGAAUGGGCCAAGGCCGAGAAAAGGACCUUCUUGCGACAAGCUCUUGAGGCUCGCCUGAUCUCACUUUAUUUUGACACUAAGAGGUACCAGGAAGCCCUGGCGCUGGGCUCUCAGCUGCUGCUGGAACUGAAGAAGAUGGACGACAAGGCGCUGCUGGUGGAAGUGCAGCUGCUGGAAAGCAAGACGUACCACGCCCUAAGUAACCUGCCCAAGGCCCGAGCCGCACUCACAUCUGCGCGCACAACCGCCAACGCCAUCUACUGCCCACCCAAGCUACAGGCAGCGCUCGACAUGCAGUCAGGAAUCAUCCACGCGGCCGAGGAGAAGGACUGGAAGACUGCUUACUCUUACUUCUUCGAGGCCUUUGAGGGCUACGACUCCAUCGACAGCCCGCGAGCCAUCACCGCCCUCAAAUACAUGCUCCUCUGCAAGAUUGUCCUCAACUCGCCGGAGGAAGUACAAGCUCUGAUCAGCGGGAAGUUGGCACUGCGAUACACCGGUCGCCAGACAGACGCACUGAAAUGUGUCGCCCAAGCUAGCAAGAAUAGAUCGUUAGCAGACUUUGAAAAGGCCCUCACAGAGUACAGAGCGGAGCUAAGGGACGACCCCAUCAUCAACACUCACCUGGCCAAGCUGUACGACAACCUGCUGGAACAGAACCUAAUCCGGGUCAUCGAGCCCUUCUCCAGAGUGCAGAUAGAACACAUAUCAGGUCUCAUCAAACUCUCAAAGGGGGAUGUCGAGCGCAAACUAUCACAGAUGAUUCUGGAUAAAAAGUUUCACGGAAUCUUGGACCAGGGCGAAGGAGUACUGAUCAUCUUCGAGGAACCGCCUGUGGACAAAACAUACGAAGCCGCCUUGGAAACCAUUCAGAACAUGAGCAAAGUGGUCGACUCGCUUUACAACAAAGCCAAGAAACUGACAUAGAGCAAACUUACAAACGGACGUGCCCGGAGGAAGCGUGUGUGUGUGUGUGCGUGUGUUGAGCCGCGUAUGUAACAUUUGAAGACGGGGACAUGGGAGAUGAUGACCCCCCCACCACCCAUCAGACACACCCCUCCUCCCUCAAUGGACAGUAUCGCGUUUUUUUUUUUUCUUUCCCCCUCCUCUUUAAUUUUUAUAUUUCCUUUAAAUCAGCGGCCGAGCCAGGCCAUCAGGGAAUCUUAUUGUACAACCACAAUAAAAAGAUUAAAAGGAAGAACAAACAGAACAUACCACUUGGAACCUCUUCAGCCUUCAAAUUCUGCUCCUAAAAGCAGAAAAUUAAUUUUCACCCCUUCCUUAUCGUUGAUGUUCUCCGUGGCUUUCAGAAGCACACUUGUUUGCUUUUUGGAAGGUUGGACUACUCCAUUUCUUUUUUUUUUUUUUUAUCCCCUUCACCAUAUCAAUGCCAACAGUUUCAGUCCCCACUGUAUUUCAGAAAUGUAUUAAACUCACUAUAUUUGCUUUCGGUUUUGUGUUUUUGUAAAAAUAAACAAAAAAUAUGGUUGCCACA